UGUAUUGUUUCUUUUAAACAAGAUUGAAUAUGGCUUUAACAAAGCUAUUUCUCUCUUUGUAAGUGCAGCCUUCUGUCUUUAGUUUUGCAGUCCCAGUUGUCACUCUUGGUAUCUUAGUUACCAUGGGGCCACCUGCUCUGCUCAGGUGUAAUGUUAGAGCGAGUGUCAGGUAGACUAAUGUGAGAUCUGUCUUAUUAACAUCUGUUUGGGCGUCUGAGGAAAUGUGCUGCACUAAAGUCUGCUUUUUACAUCACAUCAACCUUUAAGAUACACCAUCUAACAAGGAUGCCAUUUGGCAAAAAGACCCGCUCUUCUUCAGCUUCAGGAAGAUUAGAAACCCAACAUGUGACCAGCAUCCUGUCUGAACUGUGGAGUGCAGGGGAGAGGAAGAGAAGCACUUCUGGGCCAGGCUGUCGGGGUGAGAAAGUCACAGAUGACUUCUCAGCACCAAGAAGAGGGGGUGUCAGCGAGGACAGACAAGAACAGCCUGAAUGGUUGGUUCGAGAGCUGCUGAGACAGAACAGGCGGAGACACUCUGUCACACUUGGAGAUAAGGUUCAAAUCAUGAGACGACAACACAAUAUUGACUUAACUCUCAGACUCUGCAGCUUCAAGCACUCAGACUUUGUGAACUGCCUGAUUGAUGAGACGAUAUCACUCGACAACCUCCAGAAAUUGAAACAAGCAUUUGAGGAUUUUGAAAUGGGUGGCUUGAGAUCCAUUGAUGCGAAGAAUUUUGGCCGUAUAGUAAAGAAGUGUUUGGUUUUGCCGAAGACAAGCAAUGCACAUAUUCAAGGGUUAUUUAAGAAGAUUGAUUAUUCAGGCCAAGGAAGGAUUUCAUGGGGCGAGUUCAGCACACACAUGAUGCAGGAGUACAAAGAGAAGCAGGAAACUGCAAGACGCAGUAAGCAGGUGGCUUUCACCCUGCCAGCCACUAUGAAGGCAUUGGGUCAUGGCAUCCCCAUCAUCAACAUCCACUCCACCCAUGAUGGGACCGUCGCAACAGUGCGAGAAGACGGGGUUGUUUGCUACUGGAGCCCUGAACUGAAACCACUGAAGACCAAAAACAUUUUUAAGGAAGAACCUGCAAACAGGAAGUCAAAGUGGGCAAGUGAUUUUACUCUGAUGACAGAGUUCAACAAGCUGAUGAUCGGAACGGGGGACAGAGAGAUCCAACUUUAUGAGCUUUCCACUCUGGAGCCUUAUUGCCAGAUCAAUGCACUAGACACAGUGCCUUUGACAUUAGAUUACGGCUACACUGGCCCUGAUAAAUGUUGUGUUCUGUAUGGAGACACGGAGGGAUGUGUGACUAUCAUUUUAAUAUCCUCUGUUGGAGAUACCCUCAGAUUAUGGAAUAAAUUACCAAAGAUUGAAAAUAUGCCCAACAUAGCGGUUGACAAUGCAGUGCUUUCCCCGAAUGUGACAUUUGUCAGAUGGAAGGUUCAUCAGGACUGGGUAACACAGGCAAAAUAUUUUCAAGGUUUUCAAGCUGUUGUCUCCUCAUCAAAUGAAGAAUCGUCCUCCCUCGUUAUAGGCCGUGUGCUGCCUUUAACGGACGCUGAGCAGCAGCUGGGUGAGAUCAGAGAGGCCUGCUACGAAGGUAAGACCAAGAAGGUCCAACUGAGCUGGACUCCACAGCUCCGGGCAGCAUGUGACCAGACCGUUUUCACCAUCUACAAAGGUGUCAAGACCUUUGACCUUUGUCAGAAGCACAGCUUGCUGGUCACUGGAGGCAUGGACAGACUCAUACGCAUGUGGAACCCACAUUUUUCGGGGAAACCGACCAGCAUUUUGAAAGGACACUCUGCUCCCAUCAUCUACCUCUGCAUCUUCUCAGAGGACAGUCAGAUCUUCUCUGUCUCCAUAGACAGAACCGUGAAAAUUUGGGAUAUUCAAGAUCAGUGUUGCCUGUUUACAGCAGACCCCAAAGCCAGCGGGAUUCAUGGUGACAUAUCUGCAUGCUCGUACUCCUCUGCUGUGGAAUCCUUUUACAUUGCAGCAGACUGUAUGGCUGUGCUCUCCCUGAAGAUAAGGCCAUGGCUUCACAGCCGUCUGACUGUUUCACAUAAUGAGACUGUAAUGUGCUGCGGCUACAAUGAGGAGUUCCGUCAAGUUGUCAGCUGCACUGAGGGAUCUGUUGUAAAAGUCUGGGAUUUUGACACUGGGCGUCAGGUUUUCGAGUUUGGAGGCACACACAACCUUUCUGCCAUCACAUGCAUGACUUUUGACCCCAAAGGGAGGAGACUCGUCACAGGUGGAAGAGAUGGCUGUUUAAAGAUCUGGAAUUUCAACAAUGGUCAGUGCCUAAAGACACUAAAGAAGGAUGGUGAAUGUCAUGAAGUGUGCGACUGCAUCUUUCUGCAAGUUCACAGGAAUGUCUAUGUGAUGUCUGUCGGCCGGGACCGGAUGAUUGACAUUUACCCAGACAUACCUGAGGACCUUCAUCACGUCCAGAGGCCGCAGCCUUCGUGGCAGGAUGAUCUGAAAAAUGGCCAUAAGGAUGACAUCCUUUGUGUGGCGCAGUGUCCUCCAUCUCUCAUCGCCACCAGCAGCUAUGAUGGAGAGAUACUAGUGUGGAAUGUGGUGUCUGGACGUAUACAGUGUCGGUUUGUCAGUCCUCUUCUAGCUGAACACCAAAAUGUUGAAGGACUGGAUACAAGUGUUCCAAGCAUCAUUUUCAUAAAGAACUCCAAGUUACAGCACUUUUCCUCGGCUACAGCUCUGCUGUCGUCUGGAGCCAUGGGUUGCAUAAAUCUCUGGAACGUGCCCAGUGGAGGAAAAUUUGUGGGCAGCUUCAAAGCUUCUCAAUACCAACAAAAGAUUACAAAACUGGCUAAAACAGACAAGGACAUGCUGCUGUACGCUGCUGACCGAAUUGGUUACAUCUAUGUUUACAACAUGGAGAAGUUUGCCCCUGAGCAAAAAUCACCUAGAGCUGAACACUUCUGGCGUGCCCACACCAGCAGAAUUACUGGCCUGCAGAUUGUUGACAAUGAUCAAGUGGUGCUUACCUCAUCCGCUGACUACACUGUGCGCCUUUGGAGUGCACAUGGAGAAUUCAUUGGGACCUUUGGGCAGCCUGAGAGCUGGAGCGUCCACAUCCCCUCUUCGUGGAAACAUCCUGCUGUCCCCUAUCAGGUUCUGAUUGAUCCUCUGAGUAUGCCUGAUCAUGACAUUCUGAAUGUAAAAACACGUCUUUCUGAUGCCAUCAAUACUGACAAGACUGGGGCUCAUCGAGGUGAACUAAAGGCUCUGUCAUGAAACUGUCAGGCAUACUAACAAGCUAUCGAACCACUGUGCUCUGAAAGGCUUUUAUGCUGUGGAGCCACCAAACACCGGUGUAAGACCUGACAUCUUAUAAGCAGCACUGAGGAACUGCAUUCAACUGAAUAACAUGAAACAGUAUUGAUCACAAUUAGGGGACUGGAUCAUUGCAGCAUAUACUUUUAUAAAGACAGAGCAAGGAACAUUUUGAAAUAAUGAAAUAAUAGUGAGAAUGAGGGCUUUAUGUUAUCAUACCCAACUGGCUUUUUCAACAACAGACCAUGUGAAGUAAAUCAAUGGAUGAAAUGAAUGUGUGAAAAUGUCGAUUGCAACAUUAAGGGGCUUUGAACAGAAGAGGAAAAUUAUUGAAUUGAGUAAUUAAGAAAUCUAAAUUGCUUUUGCGGAGUGCUUUUACACAAAUCAAUAAUAACUUUGUCAUUAAGGCUUCAGAUUGUGAGAAAAAAAGUACAUUUUACUCAGUAUUCCAAAAGGACAAAUCUGGCCAAAAUGAAUC